AUCCAAUAUUUUGUUAUUGCUCAUGGUGAUUUCAUGCUGGCCGUCCAUACCCAACGAUUACAUUAAUUUGUGUUCGAUACUCACUGUUAUUAACAUUUUUAUCCUGAUUAAUCCGUUAAAUUUUCUCGUUAAGUUUCAUCAUGGUUGCAUUUUCGGGAUCUGGUGAUUCCAAACAGGCAACUAAUGCCUACAAAGACAAGAGUAAACCGGCCGAAAUCCGAAAAAGCAAUAUCACAGCAGCCAAAGCUGUGGCUGAUGCUAUCCGUACGAGUUUGGGUCCUAAAGGAAUGGACAAAAUGAUUCAAUCAGCAAAUGGUGAAGUAGCUAUAACAAAUGAUGGUGCUACAAUUUUAAAACAAAUGAACGUAAUACAUCCAGCAGCAAAAAUGUUAGUUGAACUGUCAAAUGCCCAAGAUGUUGAAGCAGGAGAUGGUACAACAAGUGUUGUGGUGGUCGCUGGGGCACUAUUGGAAGCUUCUGAAAAACUUUUACAAAAAGGUAUUCAUCCUACAGGAAUUUCAGAUGGAUUCCAAAAAGCUGCAGCAAAAUCUAUCGAGAUUAUUAAAAAUAUGGCUACUCCUAUACAAUUAACUGAUCGUGAAAGUCUUGUUAAAAGUGCUUCAACUGCCUUAAAUUCUAAGGUGGUUUCUCAACAGUCUUCAUUAUUAGCUCCCUUAGCUGUAGAUGCUGUUCUGAAAGUUGUCGAUCCAGCCAAAGACACCAAUGUUGAUCUAAAGGAUAUAAAAGUGAUUAAAAAACUUGGAGGGACAGUUGAAGACACUAAAUUAGUUGAUGGUUUAGUAUUUACACAAAAAUCUUCCAAUGUCAAUGGACCUCGUAAAAUUGAGAAAGCUAAAAUAGGUCUCAUCCAAUUUUGUAUAUCUCCACCGAAAACAGAUAUGGAUUACAAUGUGGUUGUUUCUGAUUAUACUGCAAUGGAUCGUGUUCUUCGAGAAGAACGUGCUUAUAUCUUGAACAUAGUCAAGCAGAUUAAAAAAGCUGGCUGUAACGUUUUGUUGAUUCAAAAAUCGAUAUUACGAGAUGCAUUAUCAGAAUUGGCUAUACACUUCUUAGAUAAAAUAAAAUGCAUGGUUAUUAAUAAUAUCGAACGUGAAGAUAUUGAUUAUGUUUGCAAGACAUUAAACUGUAGACCCAUUGCAAGUCUUGAUCAUUUUGUUGCUGAAAAUCUUGUAUCUGCAGAUUUAGUUGAAGAUGUCAUGACUGGAAACAGUCAUUUUGUUCAAAUCACUGGUAUUAACAAUCCCGGUAGAACAGUUAGUAUCAUAGUACGAGGGUCUAAUAAAUUGGUUUUGGAAGAAGCUGAAAGAUCACUUCAUGAUGCUUUAUGUGUUAUUCGAUGCUUAGUGAAACAGAGAGCAUUGUUAGCUGGCGGAGGGGCACCUGAAAUUGAAAUCAGUUUAAAAUUGACUGAACUCGCAAGAUUAGUUACAGGUGUUGAUGCAUAUUGUUAUAGAGCUUUUGCUCAAGCUCUAGAAGUGAUACCUUUAACAUUAGCGGAAAAUGCUGGGCUUAACCCUAUAACUACAGUUACAGAGUUACGUAAUAGACAUUCUCAAGGAGAAGUAACUGCGGGUAUCAAUGUUCGAAAGGGUGCUAUAACAAAUAUUCUAGAAGAGAAUGUUGUUCAGCCAUUGUUGGUAUCUAUCAGUGCUAUAACUUUAGCUUCUGAAACCGUUCGUAGUAUUUUGAAAAUUGAUGAUAUUGUAAAUACUCGUGGAUAUUAAUUGCUUCUACAUAUUUCAACCUUAUUUGAUCCAGAGGAAAGACUGCACAUACUAUUACUAACGCCCUAAUAUUCCUAUUGGAUCAAAAAUGAAACUUCUAAGCAUGUUCUUAAAUUAUAAUUAUUAAGAAACUAAUGUGCUCUUUUGCAAAAAACCUUUUGUUAGAAUUUAUUUUUUUUUACUUAAUAACAAUACACAAAUAUUACUUCAAGUCUAAAAA